UCGGCGAGAGAGCACGAAGUAUUUGCCCCACGCAGGAACGGCAAUUUUCCCUUGCUCGCUCCUAGAGAAGCCAGCCAGGAGCUGUGGGAGGAACCGCCCUCAGUAAAGAUGACCGCAGUCACUGUUAUCUAAACGCAAGUGAAGCCGAGUCACAGGACCCGGAUGUUGUCGGUUCGACGGUAAACGACCCUGCCAGCUUCCAAGAGGGCGGCUUCACUGUGCGAAUAGGUGAGAAGCCAACAAGGAGGCGCGCUGGAGUUACUUCCGCCCGGUUCUCCUUCCCGCAGUCUGCAGCCGGAGUAAGAUGGCGGCGCUGAGGGCUUUGGGCGGCCUCCGGGGCGUCGCGGCCCAGGUGCUGCGGCCUGGGGCUGGAGUCCGAUUGCCGAUUCAGCCCAGCAGAGGUGUUCGGCAGUGGCAGCCAGAUGUGGAAUGGGCACAGCAGUUUGGGGGAGCUGUUAUGUACCCAAGCAAAGAAACAGCCCACUGGAAGCCUCCACCUUGGAAUGAUGUGGAACCUCCAAAGGACACAAUUGUGAAGAACAUGACCCUGAACUUUGGGCCCCAACACCCAGCAGCGCAUGGUGUCCUGCGACUAGUGAUGGAAUUGAGUGGGGAGAUGGUGCGGAAGUGUGAUCCUCACAUCGGGCUCCUUCACCGAGGCACUGAGAAGCUCAUUGAAUACAAGACCUAUCUUCAGGCCCUUCCAUACUUUGACCGGCUAGACUAUGUGUCCAUGAUGUGUAACGAACAGGCCUAUUCUCUAGCUGUGGAGAAGCUGCUAAACAUCCGGCCUCCUCCUCGGGCACAGUGGAUCCGAGUGCUGUUUGGAGAAAUCACACGGCUGUUGAACCACAUCAUGGCUGUGACCACACAUGCCCUGGACCUUGGGGCCAUGACCCCUUUCUUCUGGCUGUUUGAAGAAAGGGAGAAGAUGUUUGAGUUCUACGAGCGAGUGUCUGGAGCCCGGAUGCAUGCUGCUUAUAUCCGGCCAGGAGGAGUGCACCAGGACCUACCCCUUGGGCUUAUGGAUGACAUUUAUCAGUUUUCUAAGAACUUCUCUCUUCGGCUUGAUGAGUUGGAGGAGUUGCUGACCAACAAUAGGAUCUGGCGAAAUCGGACAAUUGACAUUGGGGUUGUAACAGCAGAAGAAGCACUUAACUAUGGUUUUAGUGGAGUGAUGCUUCGGGGCUCAGGCAUCCAGUGGGACCUGCGGAAGACCCAGCCCUAUGAUGUUUACGACCAGGUUGAGUUUGAUGUUCCUGUUGGUUCUCGAGGGGACUGCUAUGAUAGGUACCUGUGCCGGGUGGAGGAGAUGCGCCAGUCCCUGAGAAUUAUCGCACAGUGUCUAAACAAGAUGCCUCCUGGGGAGAUCAAGGUUGAUGAUGCCAAAGUGUCUCCACCUAAGCGAGCAGAGAUGAAGGGAGAGUUUGGGGUGUACCUGGUGUCUGAUGGCAGCAGCCGCCCUUAUCGAUGCAAGAUCAAGGCUCCUGGUUUUGCCCAUCUGGUAAGAAUCAAUCCCAGUAACUAUAACUCCAAUGAAUUAAACCUGACCUUGGUUGAGGUUUUUAUGAACUCUUCUUUCUCCUCCCACCUCGGAAGUCUUACCUAACAUUGUUGCCAUCUCAAUCUCUCUAGGCUAGUUUGGACAAGAUGUCUAAGGGACACAUGUUGGCAGAUGUCGUUGCCAUCAUAGGUACGAGGCCUAUUGUGUAGUAGAGGUAUCCUAGACAAAGGAGUUCGGGACGCCCACUGGGGACAGAAAGAGAACACUUCCUGUUCACCAUAGGCCAUGGCAUGGACUCGGGUCCUCAAUCUUUUGAGCACAGUAAUGGGUUCUGGAUCUUGGGUAACACCACUUUUUUUGUUUGUUUGUUUUGCCUCACAACAGGAAGAUAAAGUAACACCACUUUUUUCCUCCAUCCUCUCACCUAGGUACCCAAGAUAUUGUAUUUGGAGAAGUAGAUCGGUGAGCAGGGGAGCAGCGUUUGAUCCCCCCUGCCUAUCAGCUUCUUCUGUGGAGCCUGUCCCUCACUGGAAAUUGGCCUCUGUGUGUGUGUGUGUGUGUGUGUGUGUGUGUACACGUUCAUGUACACUUGGCUGUCAGGCUUUCUGUGCAUGUACUAAAAAAGGAGAAAUUACAAUAAAUUAGCCGCUUUGCGGCCCCUAGGCCUAAA